UCCCUCCUUAGCACAGCAUUGCAACUUUAAAUCAACUAAAUGGGUAGACAUUCUUGCUGUUACAAACAAAAGCUUAGAAAAGGCCUUUGGUCUCCUGAAGAAGACGAGAAGCUUCUCAAUCACAUCACCAAUCACGGCCAUGGCUGCUGGAGCUCUGUUCCUAAACUAGCUGGUUUGCAGAGAUGUGGAAAGAGUUGCAGACUAAGAUGGAUCAAUUACUUGAGACCUGAUUUAAAGAGAGGAGCUUUCUCUCCAGAAGAAGAGAAUCUCAUCGUCGAGAUUCAUUCAGUCCUUGGAAACAGAUGGUCACAGAUUGCUGCGAGGCUUCCGGGAAGAACAGACAACGAGAUCAAGAACCUCUGGAACUCAAGCAUAAAGAAGAAACUGAGACAAAGAGGCAUCGACCCAAACACACACAAACCCAUCUCCGAAGUUGACAAAGACAAAACAACAGCAACAAGCAACAACAACAACCACAAGUCUCCUCCUAGCUCCUCCUCUCCAACUAACCAAGACUUCUUCCUCGAGAGGCCAUCUGAUUUCUCCGACUACUUCGGUUUACAGAAACUUAACUUCAACUCCAACCUCGGACUCUCUGUUACAGCUGACUCUUCUCCUCUCUGCUCCAUGAUCCCGUCGCAGUUUAGCACAGGAAACAUGGUUGGUUCUGUCUUUCAGACUCCGGUUUGCGUGAAGCCUUCAGUUACUCUUGCUCCGGACAACACCUCGAACUUCUUCGACAACGGUGGAUUCUCAUGGUCAGGCCCAAACUCUUCUUCUUCUUCUUCACUAGUCAAACCUAAUCAUAACUUGGAAGAAAUGAAGUGGUCAGAGUAUUCAAUGAACACACCGUUCUUCAAUAGGAGCACUCUGAACUCUCAACCGAUCUACAUCAAAUCUGAGGCAGAGUACUUAGCCGAUGUCUCGAACAUUACAGAUCCUUGGAGCCAAAGCCAGAACGAGAAUCUAAACACACCUGAAGAUAGUGACGUGUUCUCCAAGGAUCUUCAGAGAAUGGCCGUCUCUUUUGGUCAGUCUCUUUAGGUUUCUUUUUUUUUUCUUAAUUCUAACAGAUGUAGAGAAAAAAAAAACUUAUACUAUACAUGCAUACGUAUACAAUGGGUUCAAGUGGUAUUCAUGGGGU